GAUAAAUCCGCGCUCACACUGACAAUAGCACGUCAGGAGAAAUUUAUUAUAACAAAAAUAGAAAAUAAUGCCAGAAAAUCGCCCAAAACUAAAAAUCGCAUACUAAUACUGCAGUAUUUAGAAUCAUAAACCAACUAAGAGACAGCAGUGCAGUUGCGGGCCGCGCAGAAAUCGAAAUCCAGCUAUAAUUUACGGCCUGUCUGUGUGAGUGCGCUGUUUUCUCCCACACAAUUUCGCUGAGGCAGCAGCUGUAAUUCUUUGCAAUUAGCAACAAAACAGUAGCAACAACGGAGAUCGCACUGCCCAGCUCCGACGGCGACAGCGACGGCGACGGCAACACUGACAUCAACAAAGCAAGCCCCAGCGGGACGGGACGCGAGCCGUACUGGACUGCAUGCACGGCGGAACAGUAAACAGAUCCGAAGAAGCCCCCUGACGAGUCCCAUUACUCGAGCACUGGAGUGGGCAGCUCUGCUGUAGGCUGUAGGAGGAGGUUUCAUUUCAGGAAAUUCCAAUACUCUAAAAAUUAAAUAGACAGCAUGACUUCGUCGUCCGCGCCUGGCCGUAAACAGCCCACAGCCGUGUCGCGCAUGAAGCAGGACUAUAUGCGCCUGAAGCGCGAUCCCUUGCCGUACAUCACAGCCGAGCCGCUGCCCAACAACAUACUGGAGUGGCAUUACUGCGUGAAGGGGCCUGAGGACUCGCCCUACUAUGGCGGCUACUACCACGGAACACUGUUGUUUCCACGCGAGUUCCCCUUCAAGCCGCCAUCUAUCUACAUGACGACCCCAAACGGACGCUUCAAGACCAACACUCGACUGUGCUUGAGCAUAUCGGACUUUCAUCCGGACACCUGGAACCCCACUUGGUGUGUGGGCACCAUUCUGACGGGUCUGUUAAGCUUCAUGCUGGAAAGCACUCCAACUUUGGGUUCCAUUGAGUCAUCGAACUACGACAAGCAAGUGUUUGCUCAAAAGUCGCUAGCAUUUAACCUCCGCAACACAAAUUUCUGUGAGCUCUUUCCCGACAUUGUCGAGGAGAUAAAGCAGCGGCUACAGGGCACCCAGGCGGCAUCAGCGGGUGGUGCUGCCACCGCAUCCACAUCGGACGCAUCGAAGCCAGCCAAUGGCAUGGCCAACGGAGGAGCUGCGCUCGCCAAUCCAAACCAGCCAGCCAACGCGGCCUUCUUUCACGAUGGCGCGAACGGCAUCGAUGGCGCUGAUGCUCUUGCCAGGGAGGUGGCCAAUAGUGUAGCGCCAUUGCUGGACAGCCCGCGCAAUUCCUAUCUAAAUUGGCAGUCUGUCUAUUCGAACCUGGUGAUCGUCAUCUGCUUUGCGAUAUUUGCCCUUAUUGUUAAUUACGUGAUCAAAAACCUGAAUCAGGAAUAGAAUUAACUACUAUACAGCCCCCUCUAUAUUUCUAUAUGAAUAUAGACAUACACAUAUUUAAUCUAGUUUACUCUAAAGUAUUUACAGACGCUGCUUAACCACCCACCCGACAAUGCCCAUACUCGUGAAUGCCUCCCCCGUACACGAUACCAUACCAUACCCGUUCCCUAAAUUCCCACAAUCACUGUUGGUGUGCAUAUAUUGGCAAUAACAAAUAACAAAAACAUAAAACAUAAAACACCUUUUAAACUCAAUUUAUACAAUCUAUAAAUUGAUUUGUUAUGUAUUCAGUACUAUUAAAUUAUAGUUUAAUGCAACAUAAAUAAAGCCAGGAAUAUGUUUGUAAAUGAAUAAAUAAGAACGGCUACAUAGUA